AACAAACACAUCAAAAGGAGAGGACUGAAAAAUCGAAAACCGACAAAUGCGACGUUCAAAUAGUUAUCGUGGAGAUGGCAACAAAUCCUAUCCAGAUUUGGUGUGAAGUGACAUCUAAAGCCAAUGAAAUUGUUUAGAUUAUGUGCUUUCCAAAUUUUCAUGUAAUUCCAGUAUAUAUUCCACCGAUUCGACGAAGUUAAUUCGAAUUUCAGGCGUCCGGACGAUUUUUGACAUCUUUAAUUUUUAUUCUACACUCUACAUAAAAAUGUUCGGAUUUAAUUUACGUCGAAAAUUGGAGUCGUUGAAUGCAACAUUCAACAAUCUCGUGGAUAAGAGAAAUUUCAACUUGUGCGGUCUGAAAUUUAUACGAGAACCACUACAACCACUGAAACGAUGUCCAAGAUGGGUUUGCGUGGAAGAUGCAGUAAAAAUUAUAAAUUCAGAGCAUUUAGUUUUUAUACAAGGUGGUGCAGCGACACCAAAUGAGUUAAUACGCGCUAUGACGGAGCACGGUGUUUGCAAUAAUCUACGCGGGGUACGAUUAAUCCACAUGGGUCUUGAAGGAGACGCCCCGUUCGCGAGCCCUGAAUUCGAAAAACACUUUAGAUCUGUGAGCUUUUACAUUGGAGCGAACGUCAGAGAAGCUGUGAACGAAGGCCGUGCAGACUACAUUCCAAUAUUCCUCCAUGAAGUACCGAAACUGUUUUACGAAAAGAGGAUUAUUCCGGACGUUGCCCUGAUUCAUGUUAGUGUGCCAGACGCACGUGGCUUUUGUUCCUUAGGCGUGAGCGUGGACUGUACUCGUGCAGCUCUCAGUACAGCUAAAGUGAUCAUUGCUCAAGUCAAUGAACACAUGCCACGAUCAUUCGGAGAUUCCAUCAUUCAUUGUAGCCACAUCGAUUGGGCUGUAAAGUACAAUUGUCCUUUGCCAUGCGUGGCUAGUUGUCCACCGAAUGAUAUUGAAGCAGAAAUUGGCAAAAUUAUAGCGCAAAGGCUAAUAGACGAUGGAGCAACUUUGCAACUUGGUAUUGGCAAUAUACCUGACGCUAUUCUCUGUUCCCUUGGCAAUCACAAAGAUCUUGGUAUUCAUUCGGAAAUCAUGGGUGAUACAAUGGUGGAUCUAGCGGAACGUGGAAAUAUUACAAAUAAAAUGAAACUUAAACAUAGAGGACGCAUGGUAGCUUCUUUGGCGAUUGGUACUAAAAGAGUAUACGACUUCAUACAUAGUAAUCCGUUUGUAGAAAUGCUUACGAUCAACUAUGUGAACGAUCCUCGAGUGAUAUCGCAACAACCGAAAAUGACUGCCAUUAACUCUUGCAUAGAGAUGGACAUUACUGGUCAAAUAUGUUCCGAUAGUUUAGGUUGCAAGAUGUAUUCUGGCUUCGGUGGGCAACUCGAUUUUAUUCGUGGUGCUGCGAUGGGCCAAGAUGGUCGGGGGAAAGCUGUGAUUGCUUUUCCUUCAGUAACCAGCAAGGGGGAAAGUAAAAUUCAACCUGUACUCAAAGUUGGUGGUGGAGUUGUAGUAACAAGGGCACACGCACACUACAUUGUAACGGAACAUGGUGUAGCAAACGUUUUUGGCAAAACGUUACGUCAAAGGGCGAAUGCAUUGAUUCAAAUUGCUCAUCCAGAUCAUAGGGAAUGCCUCGAAAAGGCUGCAUAUGAGAGACUCAAAACAAACCCAACGAAAUAUUUAUAAUCUAUAUACACGAACGUGUAGGCUUUAAAUUGUAGGUUGUAUUAUCAAAAUUUGAUUAAGGUGUGUCGACGAAUUGAAAUUAUACCAUACAAACUGAAACUGUUCAUGUAAUCACUUUAAGGAGACAAAAAAGAAGGAGAUUAAGUUUUAUAAUUGUUAUUUAACUUAUACCGCAACUUUUGUUAUAUUCAUUACAUGCAAACGGUUAUACAUGCAUGAAUUUUUGAUGUUUUAUUUGAAAGACAUAUAUACAAAAUAAAUAUAUACAAACAUAAUACAAAAUUUAA